AUGCUGGUUGACUUGCACUCUAACGCCUCGCCCAGCGGCGUUGGCGGUUUGUGGGUCUUGCGGUUUCAUGACGCCUUAUGGUUGCUUCCGGCCUGUGUGCGAAUCCAACUUAAAGUGGUUAGAGAAGGCGGCACGUCCAACGCGAUUCUCCGUCUCAUCGUACAUGCCCAAAUCCUACAGCUCCUAAAAUUUUGUCUAAGAGCGUACUUCACAUUUGACGAAAAAAUCUACGAGCAGGUGAAGGGGAAACCAGUGGUUUCACCAAUUUCGGAACUCAUAGCCGAAGUGGCCGUACAGCGGCUAGAGUCGGUGGUCUUCCAACAUCAUAGACCGAAAUUCUGGGCACGGUAUGUAGAUGACACCUUUGCCAUCAUCGAACGGGAUGAGAUGCUCACGUUUAAGGAACGUUUAAACAGCCCCUUCCCGGAAAUCCAAUUAACUAUGGAGGAGGAAGAGAACAAUCAGCUGGCCUUCCUCGAUGUCCUCGUCUGUCGCAAAGAUUGUUGUUGCCUAAAGAAUGAAGUAUUCAGGAAAGCGAUAAACACGAUACCUCUACUGAAUUACAACAGCAACGACCCAAUCAGCCACAAACGCAGUUCCGUUAGGACGCUCUAUCGGCGUGUUAAUAUGCACUGCAGCAAACCAGAAGAUAAAAUUGUCGAGGCUCCUCAAGAUACUGGAUCAUUACGGCAGACGGACAGCAUUUGUUUCUACCAACCAGUCUCUAAUUUCCAAGCGGUCUUCCGCGACAAUAAUCCACCCAGCUCUGAGGAACAGAGGACAUUUGAUGACCGACAGGUGCAAAUCGCCUCGUGA